UUACGGCCCACCGUGGAUAAGCAGCUAGAUAGACUAGAAGCGGCUGAAACCCGCUCUCCUUCUCCCUCUCCCUCUGUUCUCGAUCGGCCUCCAAGCAACUGCGCAGCAGCCAUGGCUCUCUCCUCCGCGGCUAUUACCUUCCAUCUCACCGCAACGCCAGGCAAUGGCGUCUCUCGCUUGUCCGUGACGUCGGCCGGCUCUUCUGCUCGUGGUAUGAGCAGGAGCGUGAGAUCCAAGUCCCUGAGCGUCAGGUGCGAGCAGGGAUCCAAGGGCGGCCCUGGGCUGGACGUGUGGCUCAGCCGCGGCGCCAUGCUGGGCUUCGUCGGGGCGGUAGGGGUGGAGCUCACCACCGGCAAAGGGGUUCUUCAGAACGUGGGGCUCAUUGCGCCGCUUCCCGCUCUGGCGUUGGGGCUCACCGGAGUGGUGGGUGUCGUCACCGCGUUUCUCAUCUUCCAGUCCGGCUCGUCCGAUUGAUGGAUGUCUGGGCUAAUCUGUUGGCAGGGCAAUGAAAAGAAAUUUUUGAGCUGUGUUUCUUGGUUCUCCAAGUACGAAUCACUCUCUCUAGCUGUGUCGGUGAAAUCGGAAGAAAUUGUACUGACCGGGCGUGAAUGUUAUGUCACCCAAAACAAAUGGUAGGAGUGUAUACAAUGUCACUGAAGAUCGAGAAUAAAUCAAUUUUUAUGGUGUUAGCAA